AUGCCUCUUUGCGUGUCGUGUGCACAGCCUGUACCCCACUUAUACACCGUGUACCAAUCCGCCAACAACGUCCGGCUUGAGCAAUGCCCAUCAUGCCACUCAUUGGCGGACCCUUACGUCGAACACGACAAUCUGAUUGUACUUCUGGAUCUAAUCUUGCUCAAACGAGGAGUCUAUCGCCACUUGCUGUUCAAUCGCGGUUCGCCUCCGCGGUACGCCGCGACUAAACCUGGACCCGACGGCUCAAAGGAGAGCCCGGCUGGCGCUGACCAUAUGACCGAGAAUGCUCGUUGGUCGUUCACCCUGCGCGUGGGUCUCGCUGUUGUCUUCAUCGACGCUUUCAUCAGAUGGUCUGAACUCAAGCCUCCUUCGGAUUCCCAAGAACCCUGGACGACCGAAGAUGCGCACCUAUUCGGCCGCGUUCUACUUGGCUGUUUGAUAGAAACGCUGACCUUCCAUGCCGGUAUCACUGUAUCGUCCUUCAUCGUGUUGAGCCUCCUGGACUGGGUUGCCUCUCGAAGAACCGUGAAGGCCGAGCCAUCCUCUGUUCGGCAAGCGCUGAGAUACUCUCACAUACCCCUUUGCCUCUUAUACUCGUCAGCCACGAAGUUCUUCCUCCUGUUCUUGUUAGCGGUAUGGGAUACAUCAUCGACCCAGACACCAUCAACCGCAAUACCACACGCUUAUAAGCAUACCCUACACUUUGAGAACCCCCUCUUGCUGUCCAUAUGGAAAGCACUAGAUGACGAUACACUCGAUCGUCGAUGGGUGGUGCGGAACGUACUCGGGGGUAUGGCCGCCGGUUUCGGGCUAAGAGUUGUCCUCGAUUGCCACCCUAUCUUCACGACUCUGAUCAUACUUGCGGGCUGGGCGGUGAAGACGGGUGUAUCGAGCUUCGUGAGCGGUUUCGUGGGGCAGGAUCGCAUAGUUGGAGAGGCGUGGUUAGAGUACAGUAUACCCUGA